UGGCUGGGGUGUGCCAUGCCGGCCCGGACCUUUAGUGCAGCGAUCGGCCGAUGCGUUGAUCAGAGGCACCUUUCAAGGCAUCGCCAAACGAGAUGAGGAGCGGCAGAGACCGGACAAAAUGCGCUGCCGAGUUCCGAGCACUGGCUUUCUGAUCACCCUGCUCACGGCAGCGGGUAGCAUCACUCCUGGGUCGCCUUACUUCGGCUUAACUGGGAAGGAGCCUCUCGCCGUGUUUUCCACUCCCAUCCUGGAAGAUUCCGGCCCCGGGAAGGUUCACUUGAAGCAGUGCGACAGCUUGAAGCUGUUCCGCCGGCAGAAGCGGCUGUGCCGAAGGGAGCCCGGCUUAGCGGAGGGUCUGCGCGACGCGAUCCGCCUCAGCGCGCUCGAGUGCCGCUACCAAUUCCGGGCGGAGCGCUGGAACUGCAGCUUGGAGGGCAGGGGGAACCUCAUCAAGCGGGGGUUUAAGGAGACUGCCUUCCUGUUUGCUAUCUCCUCAGCUGGACUCACACAUUCAUUGGCAAAAGCUUGUAGCUCAGGCCGCAUGGAGCGGUGCACCUGUGACGAGUCCCCAGACCUGGAGAACAGAGAAGCAUGGCAGUGGGGUGGUUGUGGGGACAACCUCAAAUACAGCAUUAAAUUUAUCAAGCACUUCCUGGGACAGAGGAAAGCCAGCAAGGACCUGAGAGCUAGGGUCGAUAUGCACAAUACCAAUGUGGGCAUCAAGGCUGUGAAAAGUGGUUUGAAGACCACAUGUAAAUGCCAUGGUGUAUCUGGGUCCUGCGCAGUUAGAACCUGUUGGAAGCAGCUCUCAUCCUUUCAUGAAACAGGCAAACAUCUCAAGCUCAAAUAUGAAACUGCUGUUAGAGUCCACAGUAUCACCAAUGAUGCCACAGGAGAAACUGAGCUCAUCAGCCCCAAAAAGCACAGCUAUACCUUAAAGAAUCACAUCCCAAGGACUACAGACCUGGUUUACAUAGAGGACUCCCCGAGUUUCUGCCGACCAAGUAAAUACUCUCCUGGGACUGCGGGCAGGGUCUGCUCAAAGGAGACAAACUGUGAAAGUAUGUGCUGUGGGCAUGGCCACAACACCCAGAGUCUCUUGGUGCAUAGACCCUGCCACUGUCAAGUACAGUGGUGCUGCUAUGUGGAAUGUCAGCAGUGUUCUCAAAGAGAAGAGAUUUACACUUGCAAACACUAACAAUGAGAAAUUAAGACAAUGAAGACACAGACAGCAAAGGAAAGAACAAGAAAGUAAAAUCGUAACUCCAGCUGUGGUUUGUGGUCCCUUGUAAUUAUGAGACAAAGUCAUAUAAGCCCAGGAAAGACACAUGUGACAGUUUAGAGCUAAGUCUCAUUAACCCCAUUACUGAAAAUGUAUGUGCUUUCAAUUUAAAGAAUCUUAUUUCAGAAGCUUUUUACACAGGUAACUUCAAUUGGGAAAUCCAGAUCUAUCCAAGCUUUACAGCAGUCAAAAGUGGACACUGGGAUUUCAAGUUGACUGGUAGAACUGGCCAAAUUGAAAGAAGCCACACAAGAUCGCCUUACAAUGCACUCCUUCAUUUCAUUUAAGUUAAACAGUGACCAGUAGAUAAAUAAUGACCCACAAAGGUAGUCUGACUGAUUGAACAUGUUCUCUUUGAAAGUGUGGGUGCAGUGCUAGGGAACAGGGAAACCACUUGUGAUCUUUGGGCCAAUCCUAUAAGGAGCGCAAACAAAACUUCCUAUGAUACAGAGUGUGAGAGGGACUAUGCAACUUCCUCUGCCCGUCAUUGUUCAAAGGAGCCUUCAUCUUGCAGUCAGAUUGAUGGAGGUUUGUUGUUUAACUGCUGCACAGGUUUUGAACCAACAUGCCCCCAGGACAGCAUUAACCUUUAUCUAGGUUUGUCCCUGUGUUUCUUCUCCUGUCCUGCCACUCAGUCAGCUGCAUAGCAUUCUGUGAAUGAAAUGCAUACACAAUGAACAAUGUUCUCUGAAACUACAGAUUCCUGGGCAUGACCACAAUUCAUGAGGGUGAAAUGACUGCGCAUUAACAGACCCUCAAGUCUUUAGAAAAAUAAUCAUAACUAACAAAAUGUAGAACAAAAUAAGGUAACUUAUGGAGAAAUAAAGCACAAAUCUUACUGUCACAAAAAAUAGAAUCUGCAUAUAAAACUUGCUUGAUCCAAAUCCAGUUCUCAUGGCUGCAGUGCAUGAGUGGGUAGUUCUGCUUAUGGAAGAGGGAUAUCAAGUCUUGAUUUUGCAGUCUGAAGGCAAGUGUCUGCUCUCACUGUUGACCUUGAGCAAAGCUACCCACAAAGGUCUUGUGAUCUCUGCGGUGUGGAUUUCACCUAUCCUGCAUUAAUUUGAUUCUGGAACCAACUAUAGGGGAUGUUCUGCUCUCAGCAACUGUGAUGUCAUCAAGCAGGUUAAGAAGCCAAUCGUGUUUAACUUUUCUCACAGACAGCAAACCAGGAAUUAAAAUGCAAUGACUAUCCUUCACUUUUUAAAAUCUUUUUGCAGAGAGCAAGAUAAAGAUUGGGACAUACACAUACGGUUAUGGUGAAAUAUUAUAAACAAACUUAAUUCAUUUUUAUUACAUUAAAACC